AUGGGACGACUCAUAAAGAUGGACGGCGGCCAGUUGGUUACCUUUAACCCAGAGGCCACCAGGUGGCUUGGGGUAUGGCUUGACUCUGGCCUGAACCUUAAGGCGCAUUAUCAAACCUGCAUGCGCAAGGCCCGGGCUGCGGAGGCCCGGGUGCUACGAUUAUGCCAGGGUCAUGGACUCGCCCCAGGGCUGGCUCGCCAGGUGCAGGUUGCGGCAGUACAGUCAAUAGCUCUUUACGGAGCAGAGCUCUGGUGGCAGGGUCAGAGGGAUCGGCAGGAAGGUAUACAGCUGAUGAUCAAUCGGCAAGCUCGAGCUAUUACGGGCAUGCUGAAAACUACUCCAGUUGGCCCCUUGGUCCGUGAAGCAGGAUUGAUACCAGCUGAGGUCUUACUAGAAGCCCGGCAACUGGAAUAUACAAACCGAUUGCUUGGGUUACCAGAAGACCAUCCUGCUAAGAAAAUCCUCCCGGGAUACGAGGUCUUCGAUGCGGAACUUCUGGGAGUAGUGCGGGCCCUACAGAUGGCAAAGAAGGUAGGAAACCAGGGACCAGUAACUGUCCUAUUGGACUUCCAGGCCGCCAUUGCCAGGCUGCAGCAUACUCAAACAGGGCCAGGACAGGCCCUAGCAGUGCAGGAACACAUGGCCGCCCAGGAACUGCAAGACCAGGGUCGCGAACCCACUAUACAAUGGGUCCCAGGGCAUGCAGGGGUAGAAGGAAAUGAAAGAGCUGACCAGGCAGCAAAGCUGGCUGCUAGCAGACCUCCAGGAGCUGGUCCAAGGGAGAUCUCUUUGGCCUUUGGCCUUUGCCCGCAGAGCCCGGACAGAGGCUAUUCAGGCACAAAGACAAGAAUGGCUCACCAAGGAGCUCAACCGCUGACCCCAACAGGCCCGACGGUCCUACAGGCCACAUAG